AUGCUAGUCUUUGAAGCAUCAGUGGACGGGCUGCUGCAGGCGGAGCAGCUGAGCGCGCUCUUCCAGGCGGACGGCAGGGGGCGGCAGGGCUGGAUCCGCCGGACGGCGGCCUCGCUAGUGGACAAAAGCGGCAAGCGGAACCUGUUUGCGUACAUGGCACAGGAGGGUGACGUGGCAGAGUUCAAUAGGCACACCAAAGGGAAGACGCAGCUGAGAGUGGAUGUGAAGAAGCGGUACGCAGUGGUGGAUGAGCGGUUGAGAGCGGUGCGAGAGAGGGCUGCUCAGGCGCCCAAUCUGGAGGCUACUGUUGCCAUGAUGUCUCAUCGAAUCGUGUCGGGACAAGUGGCAGCGUCUCAGCUCCAGGCGGAGCUAGAGCAGGCCAAGGAAGCCAACAGGAAGCUUCUGGCGAUGCUGGAGGGUGCCUGGCCAAAGUACCCUCAGCAGCAGUGGGCAUCUGGUAAAGCAGCCCCAGUCCAGCAGCUGCCGAGUAAAUCCCAAGUAACAGUACAGGAUGGGUGGGGGGACCAAGUAGCUGUAGCGGAGGAGCAUUGUGCAGCUGCUGCGGCUGUAGCAGUGCACGAUGGGUCGGGAGACCAAGCAGGUGUAGCAGCCGAGGAUUGUGUUACGGAACAGCAAGACACAGAGGAGCAGAAGAGUGAGAGGGAGCAGAGGCAUGCGGGCAAGCAGCAGUGGCCUGGGAAGGAGACGGAGGGGACUAAGAGCCGGGUACAGAUAGAGGAGAGAGCGACUGCAAGGGAUGAGGAGGCUUUGGAGGCACGUCUGGUGGAGGUGGCAUCUGGGGUGGGCGUGAGUGGGGAGAUUUUUGAUUCGACUUUUGGAAAGUCAUCGAGGGAGGAGCAGGGGGUGAAGGCGCGUCUGGUGGAGGUGGCAUCUGGAGUGGGCGCAAGUGAGCAGGAGGUGCUGUCGCUGUGGCAGACAGCAGUGGAGGCAGAGCUGAGGCACUGGAAUGAGGUACAGUGCGGUGCGGUUGGAUGGAGUGGAAUGCAGCAGUGA